AUGAACUCUUCGUUCGACGGCUGGGACUCUUCGUCUAACAAGGAUGCCUUACGGCAAUGUGACGUUAGCGCAAGCUGGACUCUUUGUCUACAGCUUAGCCAAGCUGGACUCUUUGUCUACAGCUUUUUCCUGAUUAAAUUAGCGCAAGCUAG